UCCUCAGCGAGAAGAAAGCAAGCUUUCACUCCCGGAGGGGAAGGCACACGAAGACAGAUCCAAUUUCACCGCCACUCGCAACCGAGGACUCGUUUUCAGUUUCAACUGGUGAAAUUUCAGCACUUUGGAAUCUUCAAAACAGCAAAAUGACAAGCCAGCGAGCCAGGCAAAUUCCAGGGAUGAGCUCUGACUGAGACACUUCUGACGAAUAAGCAGGGAAGGAGGGGAGAUACCAGCUGGAUUGUGUGUGUGUAUCUCUCUCUCUCUCUAAAAGCACCAAACUUGUCUCCUGUGGACUGUCCAUCUUUUCCAUCUUCUCUCUGGAGUAACAAUGCAGUAAGCUUGGGGGAGCAAAAAAAAAUUGCACCUUUCUAUUUACUCCCAGCCCCUCUCUCCGAAACAAAAACUCAAGGCGAGGUAUAACGAGGCACUUGAGACUGACCAGGCUGAUGCUGCAAACCAGAAGCUAGGGUUUGUGACAGAACGCGGGAGAGAUUGGUACCUGCUCGAUUUCUGUGACGGGGACGGGAAGUGGGGAUAAACCAGGGACUGCAAAUAUUUUUCCCCAGAGCGAUAAUCAUGGACAGCUUCAUUGGUGUGUGGGCUGCGUGAUUUGCUUAAACAGUGAAUGUGGAGCCACAGAGCUGUUCGGCAGAAUCCCAGUUCUGUCGUCCCCUUAAAAACAAUGACUUGAGCUUGGCUCACGAGUCAAUGAAAAUAGAGGCGAAAAGACACUUAAUAGUGCAUCUGAAAGAAGACCAUUCUCUGCCGGUACAUGGUCAGCGGACCCUGGGAAGCCAUUGUAUCUCAAGCCUGUUUGUGUUGUGCCUUUUCUCGUUUAUUUCUGAAGGGGCAGUAGCAGUUUUUGGAUGAAAAGCUUGCUGUCUGUCUGGCAGCCCUUUCAAACAUAGGGUGGACCCAUUCACCAAUUGUCAUGCUGUAACAGAACUGACCCCUCCACAACAUGUGCCACUUGAAGACUGGGAAUGAUAUACUGCUAUCAGUGGGGUGUAUAUCAGCGACUGGGUUAGUGUGACAUGGAGCAAUUAUCUCAGGGACUCUGCUAACUGAAGAGAGGCAGAAGAUGUUUGACCAGCUUUGGCCAGUUAGUUACUUUCUUAAACACCAUGACAGUGAAUUGGGAGAAGGUUGGGUGAAAGCGCUGAUUUGAGAAGCUGUUUUUCUUGCCUUGAAGACCGGGGGACCUGGAAUCUCCUUUGCCUUGGGUUGCCAGGGUAACGGCGUGCAGCAUGACUGGGGGCCGCUAUCCCCCGGCCCCUGCACACCGGGGCAGGAUGUACCAACACAAAGUCUCCCUGGUCGUGCGCUACUUCAUGAUUCCCUGCAACAUCUGCCUAAUCCUGCUGGCUACCUCGACCCUGGGAUUCGCUGUCCUGCUCUUCCUCAACAAUUAUAGACCUGUGAUUAAGUUCACUCCAGCCCCUGCAAUAUCACAGGAUGUGUGUCGAGGUGUCCUCUGUGGGUUUGGAGCUGUCUGUGAGAAAGAUCCCAAAGAGCCAACUAAGGGAAUGUGCGUCUGCAAGAAAAGUGCCUGCCCACCUGUCAUCGCCCCGGUUUGUGGAUCCGAUUAUUCCACGUAUAGUAAUGAGUGUGAGUUGGAUAUGGCCCAGUGCACACAGCAGCGAAGGAUCAAAGUUAUUAGCAAAGGACUUUGUGGCUCGAAGGACCCCUGCAGUGAGGUAACCUGCGGAUUUGGCAGCACCUGCAUCCAGUCGUCCGAUGGCCAGUCCGCCAAAUGUGUCUGUCCCACCAUGUGCAGCGGAGAGCAGGAGAAUGUGGUCUGCGGCAGCGAUGGCAAGGAUUACAGAAAUGAGUGCGAGCUCAAUAAACACGCCUGUGACAACCAUAAGAAUGUCUACAAGAAGUCUGAUGGACCCUGCGACCCAUGCAAAGACACUUGGAAUGGCCCGAAUAAUGCGUGCCGAGUAGAUCCGAGAGCUCGCACAGCCGAAGUUCUCCUGAGCCCGGAGAGCUGCCCACCAGACUACGAGGCAGUCUGCGCAGACGAUGGGCAGACCUACGAAAGCAAGUGCACCAUGGAAAGGAUAGGAGCUAUCAAAGGCAUUAACCUCCAGAAGGUUCACUCGGGACCCUGUCAGGGCAGAGACAAGUGCCAGGAAGAGUGUCAGUUUAACGCAGUAUGCCUCAAUCGAAGGGGCAAUACCCGUUGCUCCUGUGACCGCAUCAUUUGCGAUGGAGCUUACAGACCCAUGUGUGGAGAGGACAAUCAAAGCUACAACAAUGACUGUGAGCGUAAGCAAGCUGAGUGUCAGCAGAAGAUCAGCAUUCCAGUCAAAUAUGAGGGUCCUUGCGACCUUAACACUCAAAGCCCCUGCCUGAGUGUUGAAUGUGAUUUUGGGGCCAAGUGCAUUGUGAAGAAUAACAAAGCUGUGUGUGAGUGUCAGCAGAGCUGCCAGAACGUGUACGCACCAGUUUGCGGGAGUGAUGAACAUAUCUACGGCAGUCAAUGUGAGUUGGAGGCCAUGGCUUGUAUUCUGAAAAAGCACAUCACCGUCAAACACAAGGGUCCCUGUGAUCGCUGUGGAAACUGCCAGUUUGGUGCCAUUUGCGAGGCUGAAACAGGAAAGUGUCUUUGCCCCACAGAAUGUGUCAGCUCUGAGCAGCUGGUAUGUGGCACAGACGGCAACACGUACAAUAAUGAAUGCGAGCUGCAUGUUCAGUCCUGCAUCAAACAAAGGGAUAUACAAGUUGCAGCCCAGGGAGAGUGCAAGCAAUGUGGUGCCACUAUCUGUUUGUUUGGAGCAAAGUGCGUGGGUGGCCAGUGCAUCUGCCCUCGGUGUGACAAUCAACCCGUUUCCUCAGUCUGUGGGAGUGAUGGGGUCACGUACAUGCACCUGUGUGAUCUACAGUCUGCCUCCUGCCAGCAGAAGAAGAAAAUCGAGGUUGUGGAUGAGGGUUUUUGCGAUGAUGAAUGCGGUUCCGGAGGGUCGGGCUCAGGUGAGGACAAUGAGUGUGAGCAGGAACGGUGCCGAAAGUAUGGCGGAACGUGGGACGAGGAUGCGGAAGAUGACCGCUGUGUUUGUGAAUUCCUCUGUCACAAUGUCCCUCGGAAUCCUGUCUGUGGGUCUGAUGGGAUAACCUAUGAUAAUGAGUGUGCACUGAGGAUGAAGCGCUGUAAUGUGCAGAAAGACCUUCAUGUCAUCAUGCCUGGUGCCUGUGAGGCUGCAAUACCGCCAUCUGCCCCACAACAACACUGCAGCAAUUCCAUCUAUGGCUGUUGUCUUGAUAACGUAACUGCUGCCCAAGGAGUUGGUCUUGCAGGUUGUCCAAGCACCUGUCGGUGUAAUAAAUACGGGUCUUAUAGUGGGACGUGUAACCCCAGCUCCGGUCAGUGUUCCUGUAAGCCCGGAGUGGGUGGUCUCAAGUGUGACCGUUGUGAACCUGGCUUCUGGAAUUUCCGUGGUAUCGUCAUCGAUGAGAAAAGUGGAUGUACUCCUUGUAGCUGUGAUGCUGUCGGGGCUGUCCGGGAUGACUGUGAACAAAUGACUGGCCUGUGCUCUUGUAAAGCCGGCAUUACUGGAAUGAAGUGCAACCAGUGUCCAGAUGGAAGUAACUUAGGCCAAAACGGCUGUGACGAAGACCCAUCUGUAUCCAAAUCAUGUGCUGACCUUCAGUGCCAAUAUGGAGCAGCAUGCGUGGAGAGCAAUGGGCGUGCUUAUUGUGAAUGCCCUCCUCCUGUUUGUCCGGAAAGUAAAAACUUGAAGGUCUGUGGCUCUGAUGGCAUAACCUAUGCAAACGAGUGCCAGCUCAAAUCAAUUGGAUGUCGCCAAGGCACAGUGAUCACAAUUACACACCAAGGGCCUUGCCGAGAAAUCAUCUCACCUCUCCAUACAGGAGCUCCAUCGAGACCAACCAUUCCUCCUACCACACACUCUCCUCAGACAACCAAAUGGUCGAAAAUGACCCCAUCAACAAGCACAUCUUCAACAAGGGAGGACACCAUAUUGACCGCGCGGGUUGAAAAGGACUCUGCAGUGUUUGAAGCAAAGCUCAUUCCUAGAUCCACAGCAUGGCCUGCACAUACCACAAGAUCACAUGUCAGAUCCAAGUCAGCCACGAUAACCAGACGUCCAGUUGUCAAUGCCCACCUUACCACUGUCCGGCCUACAACAUCCAUCAUUCCAUCUGAACCCCCUGAUCAGUCAGGCAGUGGGGAUUUCAGUGGGGAUACAGAUCUUGAAGCAAGUGGUGAUCUAGAAGCUAGUGGAAUAGAGCCUUCGGGUUCUAAUGAGACUGUAGCUGAUCCCACACCUAUCCCAAUUGAAAGAUCUUCAUGUGAUAACACAGAGUUCGGCUGCUGCCCUGAUGGAAAAACACCGUCUGUGGAUGGUGAGGGAACCAAUUGCCCUCCUACUAAGAUAUUCCAAGGAGUUCUCGUUUUGGAAGAGGUCGAGGGUCAAGAACUUUUUUACACACCAGAGAUGGACGAUCCCAAGUCGGAACUGUUUGGUGAAACAGCUCGAAGUAUUGAAAGUGCUCUGGAAGAACUUUUGCGGAACUCAAAUGUCAAGAAAGAUUAUAAGAGUGUCCGAGUCCGUGGUCUGGGAGCAAGCAAAUCCGUGCGCGCCAUUGUUGAUGUCCAUUUUGAUCCACGAACAGCUUACACUUCCCGUGAUGUACAAAGGGCUUUGCUUCAGCAAGUAAGGCUUUCUAAGAAGAAAUCUAUCAUUGUGAAGAAACCAGAACAGGAGAACAUCAAAAUCGUGGAAUUUGAUUUGGCACCAGUGCUGUUCACAACCACCAGCACAACCACAGCAGCCACAACAGUGCCGGUAACCACAGCGUCCACACUGGUCACCCUCCCACUGGCAAUCACCAGGAGGCCCCACUCUCCCACCAGGCGGCCCGAAGGGACUUCCACGACUCUGACAACCACGACAAAGGCAGCAACCCCAAGGCGACCCCUUCACUCCAAGGACACUCCUGCCAAGCUGCCAGAUGUCUACAUUUCCAAACCUUGUGAUUUGCACCCUUGUCUCCACGGAGGCACUUGUGAAGAUGAUGGGAAGGAUUACACUUGCAGCUGCCCAGCUGGAAGGGGAGGAGCUGUUUGUGAGCAAACAAUCGUAUACCAUUUACCUGAGUUUGGAGGCAAGUCGUACCUGGCAUUUAAGACAAUGAAGGCUUACUACACAGUACGUAUUAAUCUAGAAUUCCGUGCGUCUGACCUGGAUGGUUUACUGCUGUACAACGGACAGAAGAAAGGCAAAGACUUCAUCUCUCUUGCCCUUGUGAGGGGCCAUGUGGAGCUCAGGUUCAACACUGGCUCUGGAACUGGCAUCAUCAUCAGUAAAACACUGAUAGAGCCUGGGAAAUGGCACCAAGUGGUUGUGAACCGUAACCGACGUAAUGGAAUGCUAUCAGUGGACGGUGAACCACAUGUGCUUGGGCAAAGUCCUGAUGGAACUGAUGGACUAAACCUGGACACUGACCUGUUCCUGGGAGGGGCUCCAGAGGAUGAAAUGGCACUUGUUACAGAGAGAACAGCAGCAAAGAAAGGACUGAAGGGCUGUAUCCGCCUGCUGGACGUCAAUAAUCUGGUCUACGACCUUGAGGAAACAGGCAGUGAUGUCCUGUAUGGCAGUGGUGUUGGCGAGUGUGGGAAUAACCCCUGUCAAAACAACCCAUGUAAGAAUAAUGGCAAGUGCCAUGUAAAAGAAGCAGAGAUGUUCCACUGUGAGUGUGACAGCGGGUUUUCAGGAGCAACAUGUGCAGAUGAGCACAACCCUUGUGACCCCAACCCCUGCCACCCAUUAGCUAAAUGUUUGGUGCUACCUGAAGGCGGAGCGAAGUGUGAAUGUCCAAUGGGACGUGAGGGAGACUUCUGUGAAAGAGAAUCUGAGCAGAACCAAGCGACUGCUUUCAUUCCAGAGUUUAAUGGGCUUUCCUAUCUCAAAAUGAAUGGAAUCCACACGUUUGUCAGCGAAUUGCUUCACAAGCUGUCAAUGGAGAUAAUCUUCUUGGCCACUGAUCGCAAUGGAAUGAUCUUUUACAAUGGGCAGAAGACCGAUGGCCGCGGAGACUUUGUUUCAUUAAACCUGCGAGAUGGUUACUUAGAGUUUAAAUAUGAUCUCGGAAAAGGACCAGCAGUUAUCAGGAGUAAGGAACGCAUCCCACUGAAUGUGUGGAAUGUGGUUACUGUUGAAAGAAAUGGACGAAAAGGAUUGAUGAUCAUUAAUAAUGGUGAACCCACCAACGGUGAAUCCCCGAAAUCACGCAAGACCCCGCACACAGCAUUGAACCUCAAGGAAGCCUUGUAUGUAGGUGGAGCACCGGAGUUCAAUGAGUUUGCCCGUGCAGCUGCAAUCACCUCUGGAUUUAAAGGAGCAAUUCAAAAGCUUUCAAUAAAAUCUAUUCCACUGCUUAAGAAAGAAAAUAUUAGAAAGGCAAUGGAGAUCUCCAAUUACCGCUCUCAUCCCUGCACGGCAAGGCGUAAUCCGUGCCGCAAUGGUGGAAUCUGUAGUCCAAAACUCGAGGAAUAUGAUUGCAUGUGCCAGCGUGGCUUCUCAGGAUCACAGUGUGAAAAAGCGCUUGAAGAGAAGUCUGCAGGUGAGAGUGAAUCUGUGGCGUUUAAUGGACGGACAUUCAUAGAAUAUCACAAUUCAGUAACAAGGAGCCAUCUUGCAAACGAGAUCCCAGAUCCUGAAUUCAUGGACUAUCCUUCAGAUCAAAGCGAAAAAGCGAUACAAAUGAAUUACUUUGAACUGAGCAUCAAAACAGAAGCAACGCAGGGACUGAUUCUGUGGAGUGGGAAAAUUGCUGAGAGAUCUGAUUACAUUGCACUGGCUGUAGUAGAUGGGUAUGUGCAGAUGACCUAUGACCUGGGUUCUAAGCCGGUAAUACUCCGGUCUACAAUUCCAGUCAACACAAAUCAGUGGAUUAGGAUCAAAGCUAACAGGAUACACAGAUAUGGGACUCUGCAGGUGGGAAAUGAAGCCCCUGUCACUGGUUCUUCUCCUAUUGGUGCCACACAGUUGGAUACUGAUGGCGCUCUCUGGCUUGGUGGAAUUGAGAAGCUAGCACUUGGAAACAGAUUGCCAAAGGCCUACAGCACUGGUUUCAUAGGCUGCAUAAAGGAUGUAAUCAUUGAUCGUCAGGAACUUCAACUAGUAGAAGACGCCUUGAAUAAUCCCACAAUAUUACACUGUCCAGCCAAAUAAUGAACAGGCCAUGCCUAUUGCUGUAAUUAUUUUCUAUUUUUGUAUACUUUUAUUGCUUUUUAUAUUGAAAAUGUUUUGUUGCAGUAUAUCAAGCUGAUCUCACAAGCGAACCAAACGAUCAAAACGUCCUAGGCUACAACUACACUGUACACAGUUAAUUCAGUCAUACUUGAACCUGUGAAAUUUGGUGCUGAUAGUACCCGCUGCCUUCUUUGAAUCAUUCUGCUUCAUAAUCUAAGAACUUGUGGUUAGGCUCUUCUUAUUUAAGGCAACUAGAAGACUUAAAUCUGUAGUAUUUACUAUCUGGCCAAUGUAUUUUCUCAGAUUUGACCCUUCACAUCAAAUUGUGAGACACAAUAAGCGUCGACUGUCUUUGUUUCUCUGCUUUUAAUAAUUUGUGUUGUUUAUGUUUAAUUGUGUAAUACUUCAAGGAUUAAAUAUAUUGCAACACUGAACUAGCCAACACGUGUUGUUUUGGGAAAAUGCUAUAUCCCUCUUAUAAAAGAUAUGAAGUCAUCAGACAAAAUGAUGUACAGCUAGAUGGAAAGAGCUUUGCAUGUCACCUUUUUUUUUUUUAAAAUAAAUUUACUUUCAAUAUUCCCAAGUCAAGGCAGCACACCUUCGAUUGCUCUGGACUUUUUAGGUAGUUCUAAAUCAUUUUAAGUUUUAAAAACCUGUACUUCACAACAGAAUCUCAUAAAUACGGCUGCUUUUCAAUCAUCAAAGUUCAGAUGUUUUGGUUUGCAAUCAAAAGGAAAUAAAUAGAAUCUCUUGAUUAUUUUGUAGCUUCUGAAAAGAAAACAAAAUAUCAUUGAGAUAAAAUCUGCUAAUGCAACGUUUCUCAACUAUCAAAUGUUUUCAUUAGCAUAAGGAGCUUGCUUCUUCCUCUCCGUCAAGAAAGAAGUUUUUUCCCCAAACAUGCAGUGUUCAUUCACUCUGCAUAAGAGGUAACCCCUGGUUCUGUGCUGAGAUUCUAGAAACCAAGGGAAUCUUUAUUGCAUUUCAUUAACUGGCACUUGAAACUCAAUAUGGAAUCAAGCUGAUAUAAUUUCCUGAAUUUGUUUUUCCAUUUGUCUAUAUUUUUGUAUGUAAAGACUCAAACUGUUUAGGUGUUACAAUUUGCCACAUGCAGAAAUAAUCUCCCGCUUUUGAUGCCCACUGUGUAUAGUGUAUGUACUAUGGACCAAUAUGUAACAGAUACCUUUCACUUAACACUUGUGAGAUUGCAUGUGGCCUGCUGGUGGUCCAUUUUUUUCUAAUGGUCAUGGACAGGGAAAAAUAUGCCUACGUUUUAAAUUUAAUGAAGAAAGACUGAUGUCCAGUUGGCGAUCACACUCAAAAAAAAAAGAACCCAAGAGCUUUGUAUUACAUGUGGCAUGCUACUGAGCCAGUCCCAUAAUAUAAUUUUCUCCUUAGCUGCUGCUUGCUGUAAUGUGCUCCACCUGCAGACUUGACCAAUGGAAAGUACAUGGGCGCAGGUGGGAAGUUUACUGCUGUAAAUCCAUGCCCAGUAGCUAAAUUAAAAUUACAAUGGGCUGUUGGAAAAGGUUUGCAGAAAAUGAGCUUCGCUUUCAUGAAAUAUGCCAAGGAUUUUGCAAGUGGCAUGAGUGGCCAUAAAUGUGUCUAGACUGCUGUAAAAUUUGGUCUCUGCAAUGUGCAUUGAUUCAGAUUGUUAUAUUUUUGUCAUCGGCAUUAUUCAGUGGUGUCAAUUAUUUUAUUUCUGGCCCUAUCACCUGACUUUUUUUUAAAAAUCCACAGAAGGUGUCUUUUUUUUAAUUCAGCCUUAACAACUAAUGUGUAUUCACAGAAUUUCUUUAUAUUAUAUAACAUUCAAAUACAUAUCAUUCUAUAAACCUGUGAGGAGAUAGCUGAAAAGAGCACAGUUAGGAAUAGAAAGGGGCACUGUAUCACUGGGAAUUGGAAUGUGACAACCACCAAAAUAAAAUCACUGCAAGGUGGUCAAACAGAGGUGACCACAACAGAGGAAAUGAGGAAUGCCUUUCUGACAUUUACGUGGGUGGUGCUGCUGUUAGUGUGCUGUUUUAUUACUCUGUGAAAGGCAUCUAGAUCACAUGCAAAGAAAAUAAGUUCUCGCUGUCACUGUGUGAUAUUGUCAACUUUUAGGCCAGUAUUUAGACUUUGUAGUUGUCAUGGUUUCGGUCAUUUUUAAUGUCACAACUUUUAUUUUAACGUAAUCUCUGGCCCUUUGCAAUGACUGGUGAGGAAUGCAGUCUGUUGUCUGUUGUUCUUUUAAUGCUUACCUCAUCAUUGCUGCAGACUGCAAGUGAGCAGACAACUUUGGAAUGCUGGUCACUGGUUUUGAGGAGGUCAAUUAAGUGAACUUGCGUGUGUUUUUUUUCCAACAAGGGAAUUGAAGAAUUAGAACAUAAGCAGAAACAUUCCAAAAUGCUGUGUCUUGAAUUCAGAAAUGUUUGUGAGAAAGGGGGGCUUUAGAAAUGCCUUAAAUGCCAAGUUCACCAAUCUUCUGGUGAGCCUCACCGUGCACACCUUGUAUUGUGCACUUAUUUUUAUUUGAUGUUUUACUGCUGGUGUUUUAACUCUAGUGUAAAAAUAUUCAAGCCCUUUUUUUUUAAAAAGAAGAGAAAUGCUGAUUUAUUUAUGUGUUUCCAUACAGUGUUUUUUCAGGUACAUGACCAUUGUAAACUGCUGUAAUUAAUCUGUAAGGACAGUGCACAGUAUAUGAUCAGCAUGAUGUAACCAUUACUAACUUUAUUACUCGUGUCUUUUGUCCAAUCAUCAUGAAAUAAAGUGGUAAAACUUC